GUCCAUUUGCCACGGGAACAUAAUUACGUGUGCAAAAGUGUUUAUUUGCUACAGGAAAAAAAUUUAACCGUGGCACUAGUUUCAAUUAGCCACGAGCUUCAUUUUUCCAAUGGCAUAAUAUUUGUUGUCAUAUCAAGAUUAGUAUUGAACUUAUUUUUCCCGUGGCAACACUAGUAGAAAAAUUGAAAAGGCACCCUCCUUUUCCCACCGGUUUUUAAAAACCGGGCAAAGUUAAAAAAUAAAAAAAAAAAAAAAGGUAAAGGGAUAUGCCACCGGUUCAACCCAAACCAGUGGGAAAAGUAUUUUCACAAACGGUUCGAACCGGUACGCAAAUAAAAAAAAAAAAAAAAAAAAACCACCUUAAUUAUAAUCGUGAAAUACUCUUCUUCUUCCUUCAGUACGUUUAUUUCAUUCCCUGCUUCCCCUUCAAUUAAUCUUCCUUCUCUCGUUCUCGCCUGCCCUCACCAUGGCUCUCCUUCACGCAUAGGUUGUCCUCCAUUGAAGCGCAUUCUGGGCUUUCUCACCUCCAUUGCCGCGCAACUCCUCUCUUUCUCUCCAUAUAUAGCUAUCUCCUCCAUUGAAGCACAUACUGUCGAGCUUUCUGACCUCCAUUGAAGCGCAUUUCGAGCUUUCCAACUCCAUUGUAGCAGCUUCGAGAUUUUGGGUGGAUUAUGCAAAGAAGCUCAUAAAUUACAAACAUUGACUUCCUCAACUUGUUAGCUAGGGUUUGUCAUUGAAGCGCGCACGGCUCUACCUCCACCACAACGGCCUCCUUAUCACGGCGGCAAGGCCUUCUUUUUCUAGGGUUUAUCGUCAAUUCCCCCCUUUUUCUUCGAUCUUUUUUGUUUGAUAUUUUUUUAUUAUUGAAGAUUUCUUGUGUACUAUGUGUGUUAGUGUGUGAUUGCUGUUUGUUUUUGUUUCUUUGAGAUGUACUGGUACAACUGUUAGUGUGUGAUGAAACAUAAUUGAUUGAAAUUAUGUUGUUCAAGCUUGAUGGUAUGUCUCUUUUCUCAACAUUGAUUGAAUUUAUAUGAUGAAUCAAGUGUUGUGUUUGGUAUCUGAAUCGUAUUUGUUCUUCAUGGUUUUCAGCGAAGAGCUGAGUUGAAGGGGAGGGUUAGAUGAGCUUUGAAGCACUCGUAGUCAAUUGAAUUGCGCACUAAGGAUGAACUUAGUUGAGCUCGACGUUCAGGAAAAUGGAAUUGAUGACCGCAGUGGCUGUUGGUUGAGUUGCUUUCCUGAAAACUUUACUUCAUUGGAAAUUCUAAAUUUCUCUAAUCUUCAUUCAGAAAUCUGCUUUCCGUCCCUUGAGAGACUAGUAGCUAGGUGUAAAUCUUUAAGGGUCUUAAAGGUGAACCGAUAUGUGAACCUGGAGCAGCUACUGAGGUUGCUUACUCAUGCUCCUUGGUUGACACAGCUAGGCACAGGUGCCUUCUCACAGGAGCUCUAGCCAGCUCAGUAUUCUAGUCUCGAGAGCGUGUUUAACAACUAUCAUAGUCUUCAAACUAUCUCUGGUUUAUAUGAAGCUCAUCCACUCUGUUUGUUUGCCACAUGAAACUAAUUUUCCGAAAUUAAAGGCUGAGCAAGAGCUUGUGCUUGAAAAUGCACCUCCAAAUAUAGCUAAACCCUCACUUUCUUCACAGAAGAUUGAAAAUGCUCCAUCAGAAAGCCAUUUACUAGCAAACGAAUGGCUGAUGGAUCCAAGAGAGUUAGAGUUCCUCACACUCUCAGCCAGCAGGUCCUGUAGCAGGUCUUACUCUGGUACAGAUUCUGCUGCAGUCUCUGUUCUGGUGCUGGAUUUGGUUUGCUGGGUUCUGGCUUUGUUAAGUUCAGGUCUGCUAGGGUCUGGUUUACAGACGCUCGGGUUUCUGGUUUCUGGUUGCUGUGCUGUUCCUGGCUACUGGGAUCUGGUUGCAGGCUCUGGUGCAGUUCAUGUGCUGGAUUUGGUUGCUGCAGGUGUUGGGUGGCUGGCUAUGCUUGGUAUGCUCAUCUGUUUGGAAACCUACUGCUGGAAGCCUGCUGGCUGUGUCUGUUUGGGCUAUUUCUGUUUUUUGUUUCUGUUAGGGUGGGCUGCUGUCUUCUAUUGCAGUGCAUCAUGGUUGGCUAUUUUUGAAGAAAAUAUAUAUGUUAGUGUUUAUAUGUCCAUUUUUUUUUAGUUUUUUAAAGUGUAAUAUUACAAAUUAUUGA